AUGGUGGUCUGCCCCGUUUGCAAUCGGGGCGUCAAGGCCGCCGAAAUUAACAGCCACCUCGAUUCGGACUGCAAGACUUUCCUGCUCGAGGAGCAGCAGCAGCCAACAGCAUCCUCAUCCCCACCAAACGGGACCCAAACCAACAACCCCUCCCAGAGUCAACUACCGCUGAGCUCAACACAAAAGAAACGAUCCGCAUCGACCUUCUUCCAGACACCCGCCGCAAAGCGACAACUCACGACGACGGUAAAACCACCGACACCAACACCGUCGCAGACAAAUGGGACUGGGAGCAACGGGCCGAGAGUAGGGACGAAGAGACGGUACGAUGAGGGGCCAGGCGAUAGUCCCGCGGGGGAGGACCCACAAGAGCAGCAGCGGCCACAACAACAACAACAACAACACUCAGCGAACAACAACCUGAACACCACCAACGGGCCUCUGGCAAAACGAUCCAAAAACGCCCGCACGGCCCCGCUCGCCGAGCGCAUGCGGCCCGACACGCUCGACGACGUCUUCGGCCAGGAUCUCGUCGGCCCCAACGGCGUGUUGCGCGCGCUGAUCGAGACCGACCGGGUACCGAGCAUGUUGCUCUGGGGCGGCUCGGGCACGGGCAAGACGACGAUUGCGCGGUGCAUUGCGCGGCGGGUGGGUAGUCGGUUUAUCGAGCUGAACGCGACGAGUACGGGCGUGGCGGAGUGCAAGAAGUUGUUUACUGAGGCGGGCAACGAGUUGAACCUGACGGGGCGGAAGACGAUCAUCUUUUGUGAUGAGAUUCAUCGGUUUAAUAAGGCGCAGCAGGAUGUGUUUUUGAAACCGGUCGAGGCAGGGACGAUCACGUUGAUCGGGGCGACGACGGAGAACCCGAGUUUUAGGGUGCAGGCGGCGUUGCUGAGUCGGUGUCGGACGUUUACGUUGCAGGCGCUGACGACGGAGGAUUUGCAGAGAAUUCUGCUGCGGGCGCUGCAACAGGAGGUGGAGCUUGAAGGGUUAGAGUUGUCGCCGCUGAUUGACGAGGAGAUGCUCCGGUAUCUGUCUGCCUUUGCAGAUGGUGAUGCCCGCACAGCUCUGAACCUCCUCGAGUUGGCGCUAUCCCUUACCAACCGCCCAGCAGCAGCAGCAGCAGCCGCAUCCGACGGCUCACCCGACAAUCCCGAACCAGUCACCAAAGAAUCCAUCAAAGCCGCCCUAACCAAAACCCUCGUCUACGACCGCGCAGGCGACCAGCACUACGACACCAUCUCGGCCUUCCACAAAUCCGUCCGCGGCUCCAACGCCGACGCCGCGCUGUACUACCUCGCCCGCAUGCUCCAAUCAGGCGAAGACCCCCUCUUCAUCGCCCGCCGCAUGGUCGUCAUCGCCUCCGAAGACGUCGGCCUAGCCGAUAACUCCCUCCUCCCACUCGCCACAGCAACCUACACGGCCACGCAACAGAUCGGCAUGCCGGAAGCCCGCAUCCCGCUCGCCCACUGCACCGUGGCUCUGUGUCUCGCGCCAAAGAGCACGCGCGCGUACCGCGGGUUGAAUAAUGCGCUUUCUGCGCUUCAGGAACCGGGGAUCGCGUCGCUGCCGGUGCCGGUGCAUUUGCGGAAUGCGCCGACGAGGUUGAUGAGGGAUCUGGGGUAUGGGAAGGAGUAUAAGUAUCCGCCGAAUUAUCGGGAUGGGAAGGUGAAGCAGGAGUAUUUGCCUGAUGGGUUGUUGGGGAGACAUUUCUUGGAGGCGAGAGAUUUGGGGACGGAGGUGGAUCCGGAUGUUGAGAUGGGGGAGGGUGAUGCGACGUGA